UCCACUUCUCCAUUUUUUUCUUCUUUGAAAGCCUACCUUUUCAUUUCUUUUUUUUUUCCCUUUCUUCGUUCAUCCUUUACCCACCGGACCAAAGCAGAAAAAUGCAGAUGAUUCCUUUGUCUCACAUCUUUCUCCUCACUUCCCAAUUAAUGGCCGAUCCCUGCCAAGCUCUCUCUUCGUCGUCAAAAAACAAGAAAGGGGGAACAAGGAUGAAGGGGGAGGAUGUUUGAUUCAUCUCAACCAUCUGCAUCAUUUUUGACCAAAUAUAAUCGUGGUAAAGGAGAAAGGCAAAAGUUCUGUUAAUUUUUGUUUUCCUUUCCAUAUAUCAAAAGCUAGGAUAACAAAGAUGCAAAUGUCUCACUGUUGCAGCCCCUAUUUUCUUGGGGAUGAAAAUAAGAAGCAAAUGAAGUUGAAAAGGAGGCAUCUAAGCUACACUGGGAUGAAAGGGGGCAAUAAUUGCCAAGAAAAUCUGUUUUUUGGUUGUACAAGCGCUAGCCUCAUGGUAAUGGAAGGUGAAACUAUCUGGAUUAAUGUGAAGAACAAACCGUCUAGUGGAACAGGCAUGCUUUCAGCUGCAGGAUUGUUAAGUGUACAUCCUGGAACUGUAAAGGCCAAAACUCUAAGCAUAGCACCACCCCCAGUGGAGGAGUGAGGAUUAAGUCUCCUUUCCCACCUCCUCCCAAUGAUUCUGCAGCUGCUAGGAUGACUUUGGGAAGGCAUAAUACUGCUCUUAAGGGGCCCAUGGAAGUUGCUAGACAUUCUGCUGAUCCACUGGCAGAUCUGUCACAACUUGAGAAGAAUCUUCAUACAACCACUGGAACACGUUCUAAUAAGUCCACUGCAGCUGGAUGGGCUGCUUUUUUAUCAUGUUAGCAUUUGACUGUUGGUGGUUCGGAUCUUUGUCUCCUGUUGUAUUUAAAAGGAUGAGAAAUAUUGAAAAGAAAAUUCAUAACUGAAAGAAUUUCAAUAUGUGCUCCAUCUUUGGAGGAAUAAUUAUUCUCGAAAUGUGUUGAUAUCAUUCUUUUGACAUACAUGGACUGCCAAUCUCAAAUUUAUAUACGUAUAAC